AUGUGCUUUCACGACUGGGACUUAGGAAGAGGUUAUGGGCCUGAUCCUCAUUUGACUGCAGAGCCUAUUGCAAGGUGGAGUUACCAUUUUUACUACAUCUCAGCAAUCAGAGCGUGGACAAAGUCCAGAUUGCACAUUGUACACGAGAAGGAGUGGGUGAUAUUCCUUCCAUGAGGCACAGCGGGAUCCUUUCUGCGACUGAAAAGAAAUGUUUUUGGGUUUGCUCUGCGUGUGAUGUGAGGAUCUGACUGGAAAAACCAUGUCGGCCUGUGUGGUUGGGGCAGUUUAUCGAGCUUCAUCGAUAGAGCACUCUUUCAAUGCAAAUUCCCAGGUUAAGAUGGAGUAUCCUGUUGAGUCGAUGUGUGAGGAGUUGUGUCCGAUUUGUGGAGACAAGGUCUCUGGAUACCACUAUGGACUCCUAACUUGCGAAAGUUGUAAGGGCUUUUUCAAACGUACGGUCCAGAACAACAAGCACUACACCUGUGUGGAAAACCAGAACUGUCCGAUAGACAAAACGCAGAGGAAGCGAUGUCCUUACUGCCGAUUUCAGAAGUGCCUGACAGUGGGGAUGAAGUUGGAAGCGGUGAGGGCAGAUCGCAUGCGUGGAGGCCGCAACAAGUUUGGGCCCUUGUACAAGCAGGACAGGGCAUUGAAGCAACAGAAGAAGGCUCUGGUCCAUGGCAGCAGGGUCAAAUUGGAUCCCACCGCGUACGUGAUGCAAAGCUUGUCGGCGGACCUGAAUGGGCCCGUCUCCGGUGAAGGUCUACACUCAGCCUCCAGAUGCCUAUCCUUGAGUUACAACAGCCUGUCAUCGCCGACCCUAGACCAGGACGCCUCUCUGCCGGUCAACAUGUCCAUUGGGGCUCAUGGCUCCAUAGGAGGGUACCAAGUGUGCAGCCCCUUCCCCAGUUGCCACGUCAAGUCGGAGUACAUGGAAGCCGGCUGCUCCGGCGCGCAGGAGUCGCUGCUCGGAAACCCGUACGUUGUGGCCUACAGACCUGCCUCCAGCGCUACCGUGCCACAGUUGAUGCAGGAGCUGGUGAAGUGCGAGCCGGACGAGGCGCAGGUCCGAGCCAAGAUCUUGAACUACCUGCAGCAAGAGCAGACGUCCAGAGGGAAGCACGAGAGGCUCAACACUUUUGGGAUCAUGUGCAAGAUGGCCGACCAAACCUUGUUCUCCCUGGUGGAGUGGGCCAGAAGCAGCAUCUACUUCAAGGAGCUGAAGGUUGACGAUCAGAUGAAACUUCUUCAGAACUGCUGGAGCGAACUUCUAAUCAUGGACCACAUCUACCGGCAGAUGGCUCAUGGGAAGGAGUCAAAUAUCCUUCUUGUCACUGGGCAACAGAUCGACUUGUCGACCAUCGCUUCACAAUCUGGAGCCGCGUUGAAUAAUCUGGUGAACCGCACCCAGGAAUUGGUAGCCAAGUUCCGGUCUCUGCAAACCGAUCACCACGAGUUUGUCUGCUUGAAGUUCCUGGUCCUCUUCAGCCCAGAUGUGAAGAACCUGGAGAAUCGUCCCUUUGUGGAAAGUGUCCAGGAGAAGGUGAACAGGACUCUGAUGGACUACACCAUGUGCUUCCCCCAGCAGGUUGAUCAGUUCAGGCAGCUCCUCCUACGGCUCCCGGAGAUACGUGCCAUCAGCAUGCAAGCGGAGGAGUACCUCUACCUCAAGCACUUGAAUGGAGAUGUGCCUUGUAACAACCUGCUGAUUGAAAUGCUCCAUGCCAAGCAUGUGUGAAGGGCAAAAGAGAGCCAGAGAAUGAACCAAACAUCCUUGCACUUCCAAUGGAGUGCAACAAUGGAUACACAUUUGCACAUUGAUGGCCAGAGAGAAAAGACAAGCAAAGGCAGCAGGCUAAAUAAUAAAUACAGACCCUUUUUCUAA